AAUAUAAAAAAGCUCUAUAGAUUCCUCAGCCAGCCCAUAGACACACAAAACCUUUUGACAGUCGAAUUUUUUUUGUUGUUGCAAGGAAGAAAAAUGGCAGAGAAGAACACUUUGGAAUCUGUGAGGAAAUGGGUUGUCGAACACAAACUUCGUACAGUUGGGUGCUUGUGGCUGAGUGGAAUAGCGGGUUCAAUUGCUUACAAUUGGUCUCAACCCAACAUGAAAACCAGCGUUAAGAUCAUUCAUGCCAGGCUGCACGCUCAGGCGCUCACACUUGCUGCACUAGCAGGUGCUGCAGUCGUUGAGUACUACGAUCAUAACUCAGGAGCUAAAGCAGAACGUGUUGCCAAGUUCCUCCAACAACCGCAAUCCCAUCCUCACAAGGAGUGAAUCCUGACUUCAAUUGAUGAAUAAAAACCAACCUGAUUAGGCGCAGCUUUAUCUGUUGGGUCCUUAACUUUCUAUGGAAGAAUCAUAGUAAAUCAAAUUUCUAGUACUGGGGUAUCCUCUUUAGGAUAUGAUUAAUGUGGCUAUUCUGCCAUGCUAGCUCAAGUCUCUUCCUUUUUAAAGGUUAUUGAACUUUUUGGCUAUAGUUACAGCUUUCUUUCUUAUUGAAAUGCGGAGGCUAGAUGAGGCACCUUUCCCAAUUCAUUUUGAUUCUUUUGGUUUAUUUGCAGUCGUGAGAUAAGAUUCAUGAAAGUGCCCUUUCUAGCAAUACUUAUUAGUACAUUGAAACAUCCUCAAAUUAAAAGUUCUGAGGGUGCAUAUCUUGUAUGUAUCGAGUAUGAAUUGAUAUGUUUGAAUGUCUAUACAAUUAUUGCGUAUGCUUCUAAUUAAA